AUGUCAACCCAUACGGGCGGGAGCCUCCCCGAACAGCACGAUUCGCCAUACUCUCAGACAUCAUACACAGGGUGCACUCCGGUACAAAACCAGGCGUAUACGAGUGAUCAAGAAUCACUCCAUCCACAUUCUUACGCAAACCAGCAUGGACCUUCAACAGCUCCACCUGCCAAUGCGGUCUCAGCGGCGCCCGAGAAGCCAAGAGCGACCAAACCUACUCUAGAGGCUCACAUUUCGCAGCCUCCAUCGCCUACCGACUUCACUGCUGCUGCGAAACCACACCUCCUCUCUCAGCGCCACGACUUCCUCCUUGACUGGACGCUCAAGAUCCUUGGCGUUGCAUCCGCCAUUCUCUUCGGCAUAUGGGCACCCAUCUCAUACAAGAUCACAGCCGACAGCAACGCCGGCAACGAUGCAUCGCAAGCAUCUCUCAUGUCAGAAAUAAGCUCAAUGAGGAACGAGGCCGCAACUGCUGCAUCCGCACAGCGAUCCAUCGUCAGUGCACUGGCGAAAGUCCAAAACCAGCUGGACAACGCGGGUCUGAUCAAGGCGUUCGAGUUCUGCAGUGACAGAACAGAUAGCUUCUGUGCAGAUUUGACGGCUUCGGCCUCUAUAUCUGAGGCGCUGUCAAGCCUGGGCGGUUUGAGUGGGACUUUACCUCCUCCUCCGCCGAGCUCCGCUCCUAUUGCGACUAGCACCUCUAGUCCAGAGAGCGGCUCUUCUAAAGGAGGUGUAAGCUCAGAGAACCUUUUAGCUAUAAUCUUGGGAUCGGUGUUUAGCGCUAUCGUGGUAAUCGGACUCGUUGUCGGUAUAUUGACAAAGAAACGGCAGCAGAGAAAACUGAUCGAAGAGAGUUGA